GCGCGUUUUGAAUUUGGCGGGGUGACGUGCGCAGGCGCGCCCGGCGCUGUCGGCCGUCAACGUUAACGGCGAGUAGGCGAACUAACCUCGGAACAUGAAGGUAUCGGUUGCUUUCUGCCUCUAAAAAGUCUCGACGUUGUUUACUGGUGUGGUCUUGCGCUUCGAGAAAAUCGCAGAGUUAUCGGUUCGAUAAGGGAAAAUGGCAGCCUUACCACGCAGAAUUAUAAAAGAAACGCAACGUUUAAUGCAAGAACCUGUGCCCGGGAUUAGUGCAGUACCGGAUGACAGUAACGCCCGGUAUUUUCACGUAAUUGUGACCGGCCCCGAGGACUCCCCGUUCGAAGGGGGCUUGUUUAAGUUAGAAUUGUUUCUUCCCGAAGACUAUCCAAUGUCGGCGCCGAAAGUGAGGUUUAUCACCAAAAUAUACCACCCGAACAUCGACCGGCUGGGCAGGAUUUGUCUAGAUAUCCUAAAGGACAAGUGGAGCCCCGCUUUACAAAUCCGCACGGUGUUGUUAUCAAUUCAGGCUUUGCUAAGUGCUCCUAAUCCGGAUGAUCCCCUAGCGAAUGAUGUAGCGGAAUUGUGGAAAGUUAACGAAUCGGAGGCUAUUAGGAACGCCAAGGAGUGGACCCGCAGAUAUGCAAUGGACAAUUAAGUGUGGGCCUCCUAGGGAAAAGCAAAAAUAAUAAACAUAAAUAUUCUACUUGUUUUUAUAUCCAUUAUUCUUUCAUGUAUGCCUUAAGUUAGCUCUUGGUGAAGUAGAAUUACUAUGUUUUUUACGACUUCAACAUCAAGUUUCAUACAAUGUGAAAAUACAUUAGGAUUAUUGUUAAUUUAUAAUUACAUUGUAUAUUGUCUCUUGCAUUCUUUGUUUCCAGAUAAAGUUUAUUUAAAUUA